UCGACGCGUCAAGAGAUUGGAUUUCUUUGACAUAUUGACAAAAUUCGAACUUUGGGCGCCAACGUGUAUGUUUCGUCUAGAAAAUGAGCUGCCCAUCCAAAGCCAGGAAGGCCUUCAGUAGCAACAGCAAGAGCAAGAGCAAGAACAAUAGCAACAGUAGUAGUAGUAGCAGUAGCAACAGCAGCAGUUGCAGCAGCAGUGCUGUUGGGUCCAAAGUGGGGUCCAUUUGUGGAAAGAAGGCAGAUCAGAUAUUAUCAUCAACAGCCAAUUCCUCAGUAGGGAGCAGUACUAGAGACUUGAUGUGUGACGUCAGUGAUAUAGAGAAGCCUCACAUAAGGAACCAAACUCAGUGCCCCAAAGGCCAAGAUAAAGAAGCAAAGAAGGUGGUACCCAAGCCAAAAGCUAUGACAUUCACAGAAAAAUCUGAGAUCGCAUAUGCAUCCUAUAUCCAGAAGUUGUAUUUCUGCAGCUUGCAGACUCGGAGAAUAAAAUCUGAAACUGAGAUUUGUUUCAGUGAUCUAGAAGCUGAAAAACUUAAGCUAGAUAAUGAGAUUUCCACUGUUAAACGAUGGUUGAAGGAAGUGUCUUCUUUGCAAGAAAGUGAAUCCAGGACUGAAGAACUAGAAAAGAUGUUUAUGGAAGUGAAAGAUGAUACGUAUCAGUUGCAGACAAUGUUAAAAAAAGUAAAUCUAGAUAUGAAAAUUGCAAGUGGGCAGGUGCCAUUAACAGUCCUGAAAGUGACAGAUGCGUCAAGAGAUGAAUUUCUCUCCAUUAUUGACGAACUAUCAAAUGUUCGCAAUGAAAUAAUUUCUCUUAUGAAACCCCAUGAAGGUGGUCAAAAGUAUGCAGCACAAAAUCUUGAUUCUUGUGUGUCAACAGUUGUGCAGCUGAGAAGUCUUAUCAAGGAUUGCUGUUCCAGCCUGCCUUCAGUAGUGAGCAGUUACUUCAGGGCACUUUCCCUCCAGUUAUGUCUAAUGCAUCAAGAUCAAGAUUCCCAAUUGAACAAAAUUGGGUUUUAAUUGGACACUGCAGGACCAAGCUACAGGAAGGGCCAGUGAUAGAAACAGUCUGCCAGCUGAGGAUGCUAAAUUUCCUGUCUGCUAUUGAAAAUAAAUGACAAUUGUUAAUAAAUACUAGCACUGUGCUCUACAUGUCUACAUAUACAAGUGAAUGCAGAUUUUUGACAUCAAGAGGAAAUGGAGAAGAAGAAAUAAAACAUGAACACUGUUGUCUAUAUCAUUAGUAUAUCUUCUGCUUAGUCUCUCUAGAAAACAGUUGCAGGGAACUGAACAGAGGGAGUGUUCUCUCUCAUUCAUCACAUCACAUGUCCAACAUUCAGGACAAUCAAGAACUGUCGUUCUGUACAACAGAAAACAAAAGUAGACAGUACUGAUGCACAAACUGUAAUAUUUUCAAUUAAUAAAGUUGUGUGAUAUAUAUCUUGUAGAAAAUCAGAAGCAUCUGCUGUUUUUGUCUUGUACAUUACUCUUUCACAUGAGGGCUCUUAAGAGAGUAAUCAAAUCGAUUUUUUGCCCGAGAUUGGAUGUCUUGGCACCAGUCCACCCCUACAAAUCGAAGUAAGUCCGGUAGUCUUGCCUCCCACAUCAAAUACCUCAAACUCAAACUAAGAUGGAAGGCUCUCUUCCCUCCACCUCCCUAUAAAUCACUAGUUAAUAUAAAAGCUAUCCUCCAGUUCCCAUAUUCAGCCAUGUAGUCAAAUUAUUUUAAUAUAUCUAACAGCCAUUUCAUACAACAACAUUUUCCAUACUACCAGUUCAAUCGCCC